AAAGCAGAGCUUGGAUGGAAAAAGAAACCAUGCCUCAUCGGAGCAUUUAGCCGUCCCAGAAGAAACCCGCUUACCAUUUUGGUUUCUCAUCAUCCUGAGUCGUUGCAUCAGCACGGUGAUCGGAUUGCAAAUCCAGCCCCUGAGACUGAGCUCAACCAGAACGCCUAUCUGGGUAAGGACUCUCCUAAGAAGCCUGACUUAUCCAGGGAUCCUAGUUCUCAUGAACAAUGCAGAGUAUGUCAGCAGGAGAAGGACGACACUUUGAUAGACUUAGGAUGCCACUGUCGAGGUGGACUUGCAAAAGCACAUGAAUCCUGCAUAAACACCUGGUUUAGCAGUAGAGGAUCAAACAGAUGCGAGAUUUGCCAGCAAGUAGCUGGAAAUGUUGCAGUUCCAGAAUCCCAGCCAAGUUUUGUGUUUGUGACAGGCAAGUUAUUGGGUAUGGAGAGUAGGCUGCUCAUAGAGGAAGACGGUUGUUUUGGUCCUCUUUGGGUGGCUUUCUCAAUUCUGAUUGGCGGUCUUCUGUUGGAUGUGCUUAUAUCAAUCACCCUCGGUGUCUCAGCACUCCCUGUAAAUAUUAUUAUUGGAGUAAUCGUUGUUUUGGGGCUAGGAACUGCUCUUCGGCUUGCAUUCGAGUUCUGCAACGAAUGGAGCUUAAGAAGAGUAGUGCACAGGGUGGAAGCAAAUGCCAGUAUGGGGUAUCAUCCUGCAUUGUAGACUAACUUGUACAUAAAUAGAUGCCAGCGGCAAAUGUUUGGUGUCAGCAGAAGAUAUUCAAGAAUUGGCACUCUGUUGGAUCUCUCUUCCUGCUCUACAUGGCUCGUUGGAGAGAGAUGGAGAGCAUGUGGAUUAGGCUCUAAGUUGCUCCUCCUCUUCUUCCUUUUUAUCUUUUUUUUUUACCCUUCGCUUCAUUUGAUGGUACACUACAUGUUGUCCUUGGACGGGUGAAUUGAGCUGGAUUUUGGGUAAUGUUCAAGUUUUGCUAUAAACUUUGGAUGUGGAUUUUCCUUUCCCGUGUAUCGGCUUUAAGUCGCAAAUGGAAUUCGGUUACCUGCGUCAUUAUUGAAUUGUUAGAAUAAUACCGGCGAAAUUUUGUCAAA